UGGUAAGCGCGUAGAAAACCCAAACAAACAUCACUAGCUACUCAACCACAGCGUUAUACUCACACUGGAGUGUCAUUUCGUUGUGAUCGGACUGCUUCGUAUACCCUCGAAUCUAUUAAAGGCUGUUUUGCUUGGGAGAAGGUACGCGGAAUUGUCAGGGCAACAUUUGCAAGUUAGCUCGCUAACACGUAGCGAGCUGAUGAAUGUGUGCUGCCGCUGCUAAGGUGCAGCUCCUUUGCAGAAUCAACUGAAAACCAGGAAGUAAAUAGAAAACUGUUCAGCAAGGCAAACGCUUCUUAAACCAGGAAAACAUUUUCAACACUUUAACGUUUUGGGGUUGCGAUUUUCCUCUAGGAAGGCCGAAAGAUUUUUUUUUGGACAAGACUGAUCAAUAUAAGGGAGCUUUUUACAAUUUUUUGAACUCUAAUAUCUAUGAAAUCAGACCUUCGCCAGCUUUCAUCUUCCAGAAAACUACACAUAGUUAGAUGGGCAUUCUACAAAUAUGAACGCGAAUCACUCAACGAUAAAGACAUCUUUAUAAUGCAUCACCCAUCCAGCUCUCUGUUUCACUAACCAGAAAUGAAAAUGACGGCAAUGUAGCUAACACAGGUCUGUUGUCUUCAUUGUCAUGUGACUUUGAACUAGCAAGCAUCUUUACCUUCCAACUCUGGCAGUCUUUUCACCACAUUAAUGAGGUGAUCAGUGGGUUUCCUACAAAAGACUGUCCCUAAACUCUUUUUUUUUUCUGCAUGCGUUUCACUAGAUUCUAAAAUGAUUCGGUAAAAGUUGAAUUGAUGCCAAUACCUACUGGCCCACAGUGUGGCAGGACGACACUUGUUUCAUUCUCCCCGUCUUGGUGUCAGAGUGGAACUGCUUCACAAACUGCUGUCCAUGUGCAUGGGCAAAGCCCUUCUACACUUCCACAAGCUCACAACCUAGUUCUUCUGAACCCGUGGGACAAAUGACCCCCCAUCAAUAGAAUCUUUUGCAAAUUCGGCAGAGUCUGCUCAUGUUUCAUGUGUCCCAACUAAAUCAUUGAACAACUUUAAACCGUAUCACUCGGGACAAGAUUUGCUUCGGGAGCAUCUUGGGAAUCUUGUUCCUCGGAGACGACUUCACUUGCGUGUUUGGAAAUCCAUCCUCUUCCUUCUUUGGCUUGUCGUCUGGAUCACCGAUUCCAGCUGAUUCCUGCAACCCUUGACCCGUCUCCCAGUGAUCCACCCUGGACGAAGCGAUCUGCCUCUUGGGAAAGGGGCUGCGCUGUCCUCCCAGAGAUUUAGAGGGGUAGUGUUUUUGCCGCUCCCCGUCUGUCAGUGCCAUCAGGCCUGAAGAACAGAGACCAGGUGGACGAAGGGAGAAGGCCAAGGACUUCAGAGCCAUUGACUCUGGGAUCCUGGCCAUGAGGUUUGAUGCCUCAAUCCACUGACCAGAAACACUGGACCUAAAUGGCGCAGCAUGACUUCGUCCCUGCCUGGCUUAACUUCUCCACACCCCAGCCUGCCAAGUCCACUGCUGCCACCCUCGAUAAACAAGGCGAGCCCCACCACCACAGGGAAGGCAAAAAUGCUGUGAGCCGCCGCCGCCACAACUCUUCCGAUGGCUUCUUCAACAAUGGCUCCCUGCGCGCUCCAACAGGUGAUGGGUGGCAACAGCCCUCGCUGCUUCUGAGACAUGACUCUGUGGAUUCAGGCGUGGCCAAAGGGGGGCACAGCGGGCUAGCAGGGGGCUCGUGUUGGAAGGACACACCCACCUGGCACGGAGCUCCGAGGGGCGCCCAGGACGGCCACCAUCACCACCACCACCAAGGGCGCCACCCGAAACGGGGAGGGGGCGACAGAGACAGGCAGGGAGGGCACCGGCAGCGCAAUGGUAACUUCCAUCCCCGUAAGGGCACCUCAUACCAGGACAAGUUUCCCAACGAAGAACGCAAAGACAAAAAGGAUGACAAGCUGAAGUUUGUGGAAGAGGACUUUCCUUCCCUCAACCCUGAAACAACUGGAAAGCCCGGGACUCAGAUGAGAGCAGUUGCCCCCCAUGCUGGAGUGUGGGAAAAUCCUCCGAGUGGCAAGCAGAUGGUGUCCAAAAUGUUGGUUAUCAAGAAGGUUUCCAAGGAGGACCCCAGCACUGCCUUCUCGGCGGGCUUCGCGAGCGCCGGCGCCUUGCCAGCUAAUGGCGCUAAAGCGCCCAUCACAGGCUCCAGCGUCUACAAGAACCUGGUCCCAAAGCCUGCUGUGGCUCCCACCAAAAGCACCCAGUGGAAAGCCGGCGCAAGGGAGCUCGCCAAGUCUGGCCGAGAUUCCGUCUUUACCAACCCCGUCUCUGCUGCCAAACCCAGCACGCCGGUCAGUGCACUACAGCACAACACCCCUAAAGAGCAUCCUUCCAGCACGACGCCUCCCAUAGACAUCGCCCCGUCAAGGCUGAAGCUGAUGCGCCGUGGUCCGGACCGAAAGAGUGAGUUCCUGCGAGCUCUGAAGGACGAGGGCACCGGAGAACUGACAACAAGCAGCAGCCCGGGAACAUCAGGAGAGGGUGAAAGCAGCACCCCGGAACCCAAAGCCUACAGUGAGGAUGUCUGCCACGAGAAUGGGUUGUCCUACUCUCUCAGUGACUCUGACACAGAACACCUGUCCAGCUCCCUGGAAUCUGAGCACAGGUUGCUGAAGGCCAUGGGCUGGCAGGAGUACCCCGAAAACGAUGACAACUUCCUGCCUCUGACCGAAGAUGAGCUGAGAGAGUUUCAGACGAAAACGGAGCAACUGAAGCGCAACGGCCUGCAGAAGAACGGCAUUCUGCCCAGGGCGCGGGGUGUCACCCUCCACUUCACCCCCUGGAGGAGUGUGGCCGAGGCGCAUGUGGAGGAAGGGUCCGAGUCGGAAACCAGUAGCAGCAGCCAGACCUCUGACGACGACGACUGCAUCAAAUCCUAGCGUGGUUUUACGGAACAAAAAAAAGAGAAACAACGCAACAGCCAACACAUCUCAGCAAGCCACCCACCCUCCUUUCUAUCUCAUCUUUUUUUUUUUUUUUUUUUAAAGAGCACCAUUUUGAAUUUUUGAUUAUUUUUUGUUGUUGUUCUUGCACAAGGGAAAAACCAAUCAUAUCCCAGUGAAGGGGGAGAUUUCUGCUCUGCCAGACGUUGUUUUCCCUGCGUUUCCUCCUUCACUGCAGUCCUGCUCUCUGACCCUGCCCUCCUCCUCCUUUUUCUUCCUCGCUUUGUGGAACUGAAGUGUUCAUCAAGAAAAAGGGCAAUGAAUGCACACUUGAUUCUGCUUUAAACAGACUAACUCAUUUCAUUGAUGAUGCUGAUGACACAUUAUUAAUGAUAUUAAUAAAAUUGGUUCCUGACAAGCUGA